AUGAACGAGGCCUCGAUUAUCACCGAUCUGGAACAACCAUGGCAGCGGGACCGGUUACUUGAGGUGCGCACCGGCAAGGCCAAACCAGUUUUUGGCUUAUCUGUUCAAUCGGCCAUUUUAAAAUCGGUGCGGUACGGCCCAGUACCCGUGAGCAAGUUGGGGUGCCGUGGGGAUGAGCAUGCAUAUGAAUUUCACGGAGGUCUUGACAAGGCACUACUCCAGUAUUGUUCGCGACACUAUGACACCUGGAGCCAAGAGUUACCCAGAAGCGCUCAUUUGUUUCGAUUGGGUGGGUUUGGUGAAAAUAUGGUGGCUCAGAAAGCAAACGAGCGCAAUACGUGCAUUGGGGACAUUAUACGCAUUGGCCGUGAUGUGAUUGCUCAAGAAGGAUCUAUUCGGGCUGGGGAUGAGAUCGUUUUAGUCGAACGCCCGCACCCGCUGUGGAACAUCGCACGCGUGCAGCAUUAUCUCUACAUUGAAAAGGAAAAUAUGGACAUGAUGAGGCAAUUGGCCGACCUGGACUCUUUGGGAAUGGAGAUCCGAAACAUUUUUGAGAAUCGACUUAGAAAGAAAUUUGAAAACCAGGAGCAACGCCUUUUAGGCGACAGUGUCAUGACCCUUAACAUGUGGACGGAUUAUCGACUUAUUCAGAAGGAAAAUGAGACCCCUACAGUGACGUCCUUUGUUUUUGAAGCAUUGGACAUGAGGGAUUCUCCUCAAAAAGUCCAGCCCGGCACCCAUGUACGCUUGAAAUUGGGUGGCCGUCUCAUUCGUGCGUAUUCGGUGGUUGAGGGUAACCAAAAUAGGUUUACCCUUGGAGUGGCUCUGAAUCCACAAACAUCCCGAGGAGGUUCUCUGUACCUCCAUCGCGCCCUGAAGGAAGGAGAUACGAUUACAAUAAGCGAAUUCUCGGCGACCUUUCCAUUGGCUACGGAGGCGGAUCGUCAUGUUUUGAUUGCCGGUGGAAUUGGAAUUACUGGGUUGCUAGCAUCUGCUCGAGAACUACAACAGGGAUGCCAACGAUAUCACCUCCACUAUAUCAUUCGGUCAGCCAAAGAAGUCGCCUUCAAGUCACUUCUCGAUGAACUGAGCCCCAACGUGACGAUCUAUACCAAGGAAAAGGACAGGCUAUUCGAUGUGUCCAAAGUGCUGCAGAAUACUGAUAGAAGCGCCCAUAUCUACUGUUGUUCCGGAGAGCGCCUAAUGAAUGCAGUGCGCAACACCGCAAAGAAUUUUGGGUUUUCUGAACGAAAUGUACAUUUUGAAUCCUUCCAGGCCGGCUCAACGGGGGAUCCCUUCACAGCCGAAUUAGCCGAGUCCAAGAAGGGAGUGGAGGUGGUGGGUGGAGAGAGUCUGUUGAACGCUCUUCGAUCUGCCGGAUUUGAUAUUCCAUCUACCUGCGAAGCCGGCAAUUGUGGCACAUGUCGGGUUGGUGUGCGUAAAGGGCGAAUUGAACAUCGUGGCACCGGGUUACUUGAGAAUGAAAAAGACACUGCGAUGCUAAGUUGUGUAUCGCGGGGAAUUGGACAUAUUGUCUUGGACCUAUAG